GGAACAGAGUCAGCAUUAUGGAAAUAUUUGCCCUGGCUUCCUCCACAUUUGUAGAAUAUGCGCUAAUAUCCAGUUUACUUUUGCAUAUAGAGCAGAUUUGUUGAAGAAGGAAUCUUUUCACCCAACAUAAAAAUGUUGGGAAGCGAUACUCGGAAUUGGUUUGUGAAGAAGCAGAUGAGUGUCCAGAGACAAUCGGUCAAGAAGAGGAGAACAUGGGCUGCCAACAUUCUGAGGCGCCAUAGAGAGCAGUUACUAAAGGAACUGGAUGUCAACAAGGUGCUGCCGUAUCUUGUCUAUGACAGGGUGUUCUCUCUUGACGAAUGCAAGGAGAUCCUGGGUUGUGACACAAAUAAAAAAAGGGCUGAGAUAUUUUUGGACAAGUUGUCUUUGAAAGGACCAGGUGCGUUCUGUGCGUUCUGCUCGGUUCUCGAGGAAGUAUGUCCACGCUUGCUCACCUGUUUUUUGCUGGACAUUGGAGAUCAGCCUGCUAUUAGGAGCUGUCAAAAUCAGGAGUGGAAAGUAACAGUUCCUCGCAACCAGAAUGUGUUUGUCUCUCAGGAACAUACAGAGAUGCAUCCACUUUUCACCCAAAAUGACCCUCUCUUCAACAGCAGGGUGACUCCUACGGAUGGCCUCUCGGGGAUCGGUGCUACGGGGAUAGGUACCGCCGCCACGUCCGCCGCCAUUACAGAAGCUCAGGAAUCAGCAGCAGCUGCGGAGGAAAGUGCCGCCCUGGCCCGCGCGGCUGCUCGUGCGCGUGCCAUGGGUGGGGCUGGUGCUAUUGGAGGAGGUACUGUAAUGUUUGCCACCUCCACACUCUCGCUGCCCGUGACCCAGGGCAAGCCCUCCCUCCGCCGGAUCAAAGGGCGCAUUCACCGCAGCAAGAGCCUGGACAGCAUUGACCUGCUGGACUCCAGUGGUGCAGCAAUGGAGGAAACCGUUAUAUGGGAACAGCACACAGUGACCCUUCACAGGGCUCCGGGGUUCGGGUUCGGUAUUGCCAUUUCAGGUGGCCGGGACAACCCUCACUUCCAGAGCGGCGAGACGUCCAUCGUGAUCUCUGAUGUGCUGAAGGGAGGCCCAGCUGAAGGACUCUUAGCGGAAAAUGACCGCGUGGUGAUGGUCAACGCCGUGUCCAUGGACAAUGUUGAACACGCGUAUGCCGUGCAGCAGCUUCGGAAGAGUGGGAAGAAUGCUAAAAUAACAAUCCGAAGAAAACGGAAGGUUCAGAUCCCAGCAUCUCGGCCGGGGGACAGAGAGACUAUGUCAGAGCAUGAGGAGGAUGACACUGAUGAAGACGAUGGUUACGAGCAGCACAGCGGCCGCAGUGGGCCCACAAGCGCUUAUGCGGGGGCUAGCGGGGGUACGACCGGCCGGCCGACGAACGACAGAGAGCGGGAACGCAGCAACAGCAGCCGGAGGGAACACAGUGCCUCGAGAGAGAGGAGCAUAUCGCCUCGCUCUGGCCGAUCCCAAGCCUCUUCGGUACCGUCACGGCCCUCCAAAGUCACCCUCGUCAAGUCCCGCAAGAAUGAAGCAGAGUACGGUCUACGUUUGGCCAGCCACAUUUUUGUGAAGGAUAUCUCCCCAGAGAGCCUGGCAGCGCGAGACGGAAACAUCCAGGAGGGGGACGUGGUCCUGAAGAUCAAUGGCACAGUGACAGAGAACCUGUCCUUAAUAGAUGCUAAGAAGCUGAUCGAGAGGUCAAAAGGCAAGUUAAAGAUGGUGGUGCAGAGAGACGAGAGAGCCACGCUGUUAAACAUUCCGGACAUGGAUGACAGCAUUCCCUCUGGCAACAACUCAGACCGAGACGACAUUUCAGAAAUUCAUUCGCUGACAUCCGACCAUUCCAAUCGAUCCCACGAUCGAGCACGGGGCAGUCGAUCCCGCUCCCCUGUCCAUUCUGACCCCCCCUCAGAUCCCUGCCGGAACUCACCACGGCAGAUCAGCAAUGGCAGCCACAGGAGUCGAGAUGAGGAGAGGAUUUCCAAGCCCGGGGCAGUGUCCACCCCUGUUAAAGGGUCCAAGGAGACCCUUGUCAUGGCCAUCAGCGACCAGCCACUGGCCCGUGAGGACAAACUGCCCCCGCUGCCAGAACCCAAGCCCGUGUACGCCCAGCCCGGCCAGCCUGAUGUGGACCUGCCAGUCAGUCCCUCUGACGCCCCGGUGCCAAGCGCUGGUCAUGAUGACAGCAUCCUCCGGCCCAGUAUGAAGCUGGUGAAGUUUAGGAAGGGGGAGAGUGUCGGCCUGAGGCUGGCUGGAGGGAACGACGUGGGCAUCUUUGUAGCCGGAGUCUUAGAGGACAGUCCAGCUGCCCGGGAAGGCCUGGAGGAAGGAGACCAGAUUCUCAGGGUAAACAACGUAGACUUCGCCAACAUUAUCCGAGAGGAGGCUGUGCUGUUCCUUCUUGACCUCCCGAGGGGUGAGGAGGUCACCAUUCUGGCCCAGAAGAAGAAGGAUGUGUACCGGCGGAUCGUGGAGUCAGAUGUAGGUGACUCGUUCUACAUCCGAACCCACUUUGAGUAUGAGAAGGAGUCUCCGUACGGCCUGAGCUUCAACAAGGGAGAGGUGUUCCGGGUGGUGGACACCCUCUACAACGGCAAGCUGGGCUCCUGGCUCGCCAUCCGCAUCGGCAAGAACCACCAGGAGGUGGAGAGAGGCAUCAUCCCCAACAAGAACAGGGCAGAGCAGUUGUCCAGCGUGCAGUAUACCCUCCCCAAAACACCAGGGGGUGACAGGGCUGACUUCUGGAGGUUCCGCGGUCUGCGGAGUUCCAAGAGGAACCUGAGGAAGAGCAGAGAGGACCUGUCCGCCCAGCCGGUCCAGACCAAGUUCCCUGCGUAUGAGAGGGUGGUUCUCAGAGAGGCCGGUUUCCUGAGGCCCGUGGUAAUCUUUGGGCCUAUCGCUGACGUGGCAAGAGAGAAGCUGUCCAGAGAGGAGCCUGACCUGUUUGAACUGGCCAAAACACAGCAACAUGAAGGACUGGAAAAGAGCGAGCCCCGAGACGCAGGAAAGGACCAGCGCAGCUCCGGCAUCAUUCGUCUCCACACAAUUAAACAAAUCAUUGACCGGGACAAGCACGCUGUACUGGACAUCACCCCCAACGCGGUGGACCGUCUGAACUAUGCCCAGUGGUACCCCAUCGUGGUCUUCCUCAACCCAGACAGCAAGCAGGGCGUCAAGACCAUGAGGACCAGGCUGUGCCCCGAAUCCAGGAAGUCUGCCAGGAAGCUGUACGAGAGAGCCCUGAAACUGAGGAAGAACAACCACCACCUGUUCACCACCACCAUUAACAUGAACAGCAUGAAUGACGGCUGGUACGGAGCCCUGAAGGAUACCAUUCAGCAGCAGCAGAACCAGCUGGUGUGGGUUUCAGAGGGCAAGGCGGACGGUGCUCCGGACGAUGACCUGGACCUGCACGACGACCGCCUGUCAUACCUGUCGGCCCCGGGCAGCGAGUACUCCAUGUACAGCACGGACAGCCGUCACACCUCCGACUACGAGGACACGGACACCGAGGGCGGCGCCUACACCGACCAGGACCUGGACGAGACGCUGAACGACGAGGUGGGCCUGCCCACGGAGCCCGCCAUCACCCGCUCUUCGGAGCCCGUCCGGGAGGACCCGCCCGUCAUUCAGGAGCCCCCGGGAUACGCCGGAUACCAGCACACAGUGCAGCCCGACCCCCUGAACCGGAUCAACCCAGCCGGGUUCAAAGCGCCAGUGGGCCAGCAGAAUGAGAAAGCGGAGGCUGUUCCGGCCACCAUGCCUAUCCUCCCCCAUCAGCCUGAGAUACUGGCUGAGACGGCGGCAGUGCCCCCUGCUGUCAACAACACUGUAAAUGACGUAGCGGGUUUGAGCCCUGGGUCAGAGUGGCGUGAGGAGUACCCCGCCGAGCCUACCGCUGCUCCCCAGAGCAAACCCAGGCCAGCCCCCGGGCCCAGUCCCAAGGCUGACUCGCUCAGGAUGCGCCCUCCUGAGCUAGCUCAGCCCGCGGCCCCAACACUCGAACCCCUACAGCCCGGACCGACCAGUCCAGAACCACAGAUGUACACAGACCCCUACCUGGAAGAGCCGGUCAGACUGAACCGCGGUGUAGUGAAGCCGUCUCUGCCCAUGACCUACGAGCCCCAGGCCCCCUACCUGGACCAGCAGCCAUACAAAGAUUACGACCACCCCCCCAGCCGCUACGACAGCGGCCGCUACCCGGAACCAAAGUAUCCGAACUUUGACUCCCAGAUCCACUAUGAGGACAGCGUGCCUCACUACGACCAGCAGUGGCCCCACUACGACCAGCAGACGUCCGGCGCGCCGGCCCACCAACAGCAGCAACCCUCCGGGCCGGGCUACGGCCCACGGCCGCCCUACGACAACGGCCCGGAGCGAGACUACAGCCCCCCCCAGCCGCGCUACGACGAGGCCCCGCUGGGCUACGACGGACGGCCACGUUACGGCAAGCCGGCGGGUCCGGGGCCGGUCCGCUACGAUGAGCCUCCUCCGCCCAUCCCUGGUUACACUCACCUGCGUUAUGACCAGGAGCAUAACUCCUACCCCCCUGCGACACACUCCCCGGAGCCCCCUAAACAGUACUACCAGGGGGAGCCUGCUCAACGGCCCGGUCCUGCCUACACCCAGGCUCCAUCCCAGCACCACAGAGGCUACAAGCCCCCGCCUCAGCAGUAUGACCCGGUCCUCAACGCGGACGCCCCGCCCCCACCUCCCAAACCGCAACUCGAGGCCCAGCACCCCCCCACCGGCGACACCGUGAUCACCACAGCCCCCAAAGCCCUUCCCCCGCCCCCCAGGGUGGAGCCGGAGGAUGACCCGGCCAUGAGGGCCCAGUCGGUGCUGUCCAGAGUCAAGAUGUUCGAGAACAAACGCUCUGUGUCCGUGGACCGAGCCAAAGAGGCUGGCGACACUGUUAGGUCAGCGGAUCAGCCCCUGAAAACGGGCACGGGCAUCCCCAAAGCCAACUCCCUCAGCAACCUGGACCAGGAGAAGACUUUCAGAGUCCCCGAGCCUCAGAAGCCCCAGAAGGUUUCAGAUGAUGACAUAGUACGCUCUAACCACUACGACCCAGAUGAAGAUGAGGAAUAUUACAGGAAGCAGCUGUCCUACUUUGACCGGCGCAGCUUUGACGCAGGCAAGGCACCUCCUCAGUCGACACCUGCAGUCGCAACCAAACCUGCUGCACCACCUCAGACGACGCCCGCCGUCACAACCAAACCUGCAGCACAGCCACAAGCACAGUCUGGAUACAACUACCCCAGGGCUGAGUCGGUGGAGAAGAGAUAUGAACCUGUUCCCCAGGUGACCCCCGCUGCCCCACCAACCACACUGCCCAAGCCCACCUCACCUGAGGACACAGUGACGACCAACUACCUGCCCCAGAAGAGUUACCCUGAGAAGUCUCCGGUGAACGGCACAGCGAUAAACGACCAGCCCAAGGCACCGGCCACCUCUGGCUACAACCGCUACGUCCCCAAGCCUUACACCAACUCCGCCAGACCGUUUGAGAGGAAAUUCGACAGCCCAAAGUUUAACCACAACCUGUUGCCCAAUGACAAGUCAGACCUGGCCCCAACCGCCAAGGCCCCAGCCAAGCCCCAGAUCUCUCCCCAGCCCACAGACCUGGACAGUGGCCUGGACACCUUCACACGCACCUCGGAUAACAGAUCCAAGUACCAACCAAACAACAUCAACGCAGUGCCUAAGGCCAUUCCAGUCAGCCCCAGUGCUCUGGAGGAUGACGAGGAGGAUGAAGGUCACACGGUGGUGGCCACGGCCCGGGGGAUCUUCAACUGUAAUGGAGGGGUGCUGAGCUCCAUCGAGACGGGCGUGAGCAUCAUCAUCCCCCAGGGUGCCAUCCCAGAGGGCGUGGAGCAGGAGAUCUACUUCAAGGUCUGCCGAGACAACAGCAUCCUGCCCCCCUUGGACAAGGAGAAAGGAGAGACACUGCUCAGUCCCCUGGUGAUGUGUGGGCCUCACGGCCUCAAGUUCCUGAAGCCCGUGGAGCUCCGCCUACCUCACUGUGCGUCUAUGACCCCUGAUGGUUGGUCUUUUGCUCUAAAAUCCUCCGACUCCUCGUCGGGUGACCCCAAGAGUUGGCAGAACAAGUCUCUCCCUGGAGACCCCAACUAUCUGGUGGGAGCCAACUGUGUGUCUGUGCUCAUCGACCACUUCUGAAGAGGGCAACAGCUGGCCUGUUACUGAAUGUGAAACCAUGGCACAAGAGGAGCGACCCUUUAACACACAUGCCCUUUCUCCAGAGUCGGAUCCUACACAAUGAAGUAUUACACCCAGUGUUCUUUACUGGGCCCAUGGAAGAUGGACUGAGGCUGCCCCCCCCCCCGCCUGUCUUUAACUCUUUCUGAGGUCUUGAAGAAGACUGUAAAAACACCCCAAAAAAACAAUGUAACCAUUGAUGGAACGCAUGCCCUGUCAUUGAUUUAACUCAUCGGAUUCUAUGUCAAGUUUUAACUUUAAUGAUUAACUCAUUGCAUUAUACGCCAGGUUUUAACUUUAAUUGUUACAUAACAGGAAGGAUGGUUUGUGAGGUUUUUCCUAUUAAAGUAGAUAGAAAAACGUGGGUGUAUUUAUACUAUAUAUGCAUACAGUGUAUAUAUAGUAUAUGGUAUAAAUAUCAUUUACAUUAAAAAAAAAUGAUAGAAAAUGGAAUUCAAGAAUUAAAAUGUUAACAUUUUUGUCUCUGAAUUAGCUUCCAGGUUAUGUUACAUUAACUUGUGCGCUUUGACUGUUCUCUGAAGGUUUUGUAAUUCAGUGUCAGAGACUUGGUCAGUGAAGUGAUGGUAAUGCCGAGACAGAUAUUUUCCAGAUUAAUGGCUCUGUUGUAAUGAAGAUGGUGGUGAUAGUGAAGUUGACAAGCAUCUGCAGAAGAAGUAGAGGGAAUGGAAUAACGAAAUACUUUGAGGUGGAUUUGAAGCCUCUAAAAUGCUCUUCCUGUGACUAAAAUGGCUCUUCCUUUCUUUGUUUGUUUCAUUUUUUGUCUGUAAACUGACCUUAGAUUCACUUUGUAUUGACUAGUAGGUCUCUACACCUGUUGUAUUGAGAGCUAUGCAUGUGCUUUGACUCAGGUCCAGAAGCCUGCUCAGUUCCUCACCAUGUUAAAACCCUAUCUUACACUAACAAGCAGUGAUGCCUUAUCUGCAUAUUAUUCCCUUUUUCAGUAAAAACCUCUGGGGUUUUCUAAGUUAUGAUGAUAAAUUAUGGGAAAAUGAAGUUUUCUCUUGCCAUUUUGUCAACCCACUGUAUAAAUGAACUUGGGUUUAGCACACAAGAACAGUUGAGGUUAACGAUCGGUAUCCUUUCUUUAUCUGCUAUGCAUAUGACUUCAGAAGAAAAAUGAAAAACAGUACAAAAAAGACAAAUGGCUGUACAUAAAGCUAGCAUAUGGCCUUGGUUCUUGGUUUGUAAAUGAACUUUUUGUAUGUCUUUGUUAUUUUGUAUAAAACUUAGAGAACUGUUUUGUUUUUGUUUUUUUAAAAGAGGUGAACAUGGUUAUCUUUGUAUUCUGGUUAUACCCUUGAGCCUUGAAACUUGUAACUAUUAGCAGUAAUAAGAUCCACAUUUUCUACCAAUAUAUUCACACUACAUAUAAAUAAAGAAUAAUGGUCACAAUCUUUUUAUGCUCCUUUACAAAAGAGUAAAGUGCUUGGGUUAAACAACUUUACAAACCUGUUCUUUAAAAGGGUGUGCUCUGAAAAUGUCCCCUUCAUUUAUUUGUGCUACUGGAAGAUGUAUAAUUGUGUGCCCUGAAAUGUAUUUUUGUACUAAUAGACAAUAUAUUACAGCACACACCAGUACCAUUUUCUUUAGAUACGGAUAACAAAGCUUCAUUUGGAUAUUCACUUUUCACGUGUGGCUGACUUUUUCUUCUUUGCAACACAAUUUUAAGUAUACCACUGUAUUAAUGAAUAAAAUCAUUUUUAAAGAAAA